AUGACCGUAGGUGGUGCCCACUCGACGGCGUGUCGGCCCGUGCUGGUCCCUCAGCGGGAGCUGCUCUACAACGGGCUGCUGCCUUACUCGGACCGGCUGGACCGGGAGGCCUCGGAACUUUUGGCGGACAUCAAGUGGAAUCUGUCCAGAGCUGUGCUGCUUAGGGAGCUUUGGCCCGGGGUCGCCUUCUGGACCAGGAAGCUAUUCUCGUUUCUGAAGCUCUAUGGCAGAAGGUUCAGCAAGGACGAUCAUGUUCUGUUCAUCAAGCUGCUGUAUGACUUGGUCACCAUGCCGGACCUGGAGCCCCACAUGAUGCAGAGCUACGCCCGGCUGAUCAUUCAGCUCCUCAAGAAAAAGGAACUGCUUUCACGAGAUGACCUCCAGUUGCCGUGGCGACCGCUCUACCAGCUGUUCGAGAAGGUGGUCCACUCCAAAACGGAGCAUCUUGGACUCAUCUGGUUCCCCAACUCAGUGGAGCACAUUUUGAAGGCUUUGAUCAAAAGCUGCAGACCGUAUUUCCCGGCGUCCUCCACCAAGGAGAUGCUGGAGGAGUGGCGCCCCCUGCUGUGCGUCUUCGACGUGGCCAUGCAGAAGGCCAUCAGCAACAUGGAGCUCUUCCUGCCCACCAUCAUGCCCCCCGAGGAGCACGCCCAAGGCUUCCGGUUGUGGUUUGAUGAGUUGAUGGAGCUGUGGGUGUCUGUCCAAAAUCAACCCAGCUGGGAAGGGCAUUUAGUGAACCUGUUUGCUCGCCUCGCCAAUGACAACAUCGGCUACGUGGACUGGACCCCCCACCUGGCCACUAUCUUCACCAGGAUCCUGCGCAGCCUCAACCUCCCAGUAGGGGUCAGCCACAUGGUGGCGCUGCGCUAUCUCACCAACUCGUAUGACAUCGGACACCUGGUGUUGUGGAUCACAGCCUUGCUGGGUGGACCAGGGAAUCCUGCACAGAAAGAGUUGACCUGCCUCUUCAACAGCAUCGCCUCCUUUUAUCAUCCCUCCAAUCAUGGCCGCUGGCAGUCUCGACUCAUGCGCUUGCUCCAGCGUCUGCCGGCCAGCGUGGUGCGCCGCGUCCACCGCGAGCGUCACGCCGCUCCCGGCUGGAUCACGCUGGUGCCAGAAUCUCAGAGGCUGACGGACGAAGACCUGCAGGAGUUCACGCGCAGUCUCACUGGCGCCGCCCUGCUGGCCAUGUUCAGUAAGACGGGCUGCACAGAUGCCGCCUACGCCCUCCAGAACCUGGCUCUGCUGACGCCGCAGCUCGCCAUUCCACCUGUGCUGGAGAAGACGUACGCAGCCAUGGAGACCCUGACGGAGCCGCACACCCUCACCGCCACUCUCAGCUGCAUGAUCGGCAUGGCGCGUAGCCUGGUCGCCCCCAGCGACCGUUACCCGGAGGGCCGCCUGCAUGUGCUGCCGCUGCUCAUGGGGUCUCUGCCGGGCGUGGACCCCAAUGACUUCAGCAAGUGCAUGAUAACGUUCCAGUUCAUCACCACGUUCACCACGCUGGUGCCUUUGGUCGAUUGUUCGUCUGCGCCAUCUCGACACACUGAUCUUUCUGAGGUUGAAAAAGACUUGUGUUUUGCUUCUGCUGAGUUCGAGGACUUCGUUCUGCAGUUUCUAGACAGGUGCUUUGCUCUGAUCGACUGCAGCACUUUGGAGCAGACCAGAGACGAGAUGGAGACGGACACUCAGACCCAGCUGGAGAGCCUGGUGGAGCUGGGCUUGUCCUCCACUGUGAGCACGGUCCUCACACAGUGCUCCAAACAAAUAUACAUGGUGGCUUUGGAGAAGGUGUACAACUUUGCUACCUCCAACAUCUUUGAGACUUGUGUGUCAGGCAGGAUGGUGGCUGACAUGUGCAGGGCGGCCGCCAAGUGUCAUCCCGCUGAGUCUCUCCGACUGUUUGUCCCUCACUGCUGCAGUCUCAUUUUCCACACUACUGAAAAUGAGGAUCUCCAGAGUGAAGACGAGCUGGAUAAGGAACUGCUGUGGAACCUCCAGCUGCUCUCCGAGGUUACCCGCGUAGAUGGCGAGCAGCUGUUGAAGUACCGGGGGGAUCUGGAGCGCGUCCUGUCCACGUGCGUGCGUUUGCGGUGCAAGCGGGCGUACACCCUGGCCUGCAGCCUGCUGGAGCACACGCUCCGCUCGCUGUCGCUCAUCUACCCCACCGAGUACAGGAGCACAUCGGGAGGCUUUGACACAGACCUCCCCAUACGGGACUGGGGUCGGGCCGGUGACGUGUCCGCUUUAGGUCUGUGCUGGCACGUUCCGAGCCGAGAAGAGGAGGACUUUGUUUUCCAGUUGUUGUACCGCCUCCUGCGCCCCGAGCUGGAGCGAAUCGAGGGCCACGUCUCUGGAGAGCCGCCAAUGAGCAGGGAGGAGCUAUUGCAGAGCCUUGCAAUCGUGCAGCACUGCCUCCUGGGGGCUGGCAGCAUGCUUCCCCCACUGGAUGGACCUCACGUCACUGACAUAGUGCCCUCCAUGGUGAACCUUGGGGAGGUCAAACUGCACAUCGGCGUGGACUACGAUGAUUCACGGGAGAACUACAGAGUGUCCAUCUGCCACACCAUGAGGCUGCUGCUGCAUCACAUCCUGGAACACACGGAGGAUGACACCAAGUCGCUGUUUGUCAUCAUUAAGAUCAUCAGCGACCUCAUGUUUUUCCGAGGCACUCGCAAAAAGGAGUUUGACUCGCGCUGGAAGAACUUCACUCUUGUCAAGAAGUCCAUGGAAAACCGGCUUCACGGGAAUAAGCAGCACAUUCGAGCGCUGCUCGUCGACCGCGUGCUGUUGCAGCACGAGAUGAGGAAACUGGUGGUCGAGGGCAGAGAGUAUAAAGAAGUCCACCAGAAGCUGCUGUGUGAUCUUCUGCUGCUGUCCACCAGCACCUACAGCCAGGUCCGGAGCAGGGCCCAGAGUGUGCUGACCACCGCACUGGUCACCUUCAGCUUCUCCCACCGAGACAUGAUACCCAGAAUUGUGCAACUGCUGUCACCGCAACACACCAACGGCACACAGCAGCAGUUGAAGGGGGCGCUGUACUGCCUUCUGGCGGCAUACAGCAGUGUUAGCCUCGUGAGGGACUGGGACUGCGUAGGCACGAUGUGGCCCGCCCUGGUCCGCUGUGGACUCUCGCCUGCAAUGACCCUGGAGGAGCACUCGGUGGGGCAGGUCCUGGACGACAUCAUCGACAGGAUCCAUCGGCAGCACGACACCAUCGGCAUAUUUUUCACCGUAUCGGAAAGUUGCGUGGAAAUAGCCAAACAAAUCGCACGCUCGCACAAUCCCGCGCCUUCUUCGGAGACGGCCACUGUAGAGGAGCUGAAGGAGGGGCUUCAACGCCAGCAAAUCAGAAAUGUUGUAAAUGCCCGGAAAUAUGAGAAGCUGGUUAAUGACCUCUUGGACUGCCUUGAAGACCGAGAGCUGCCCUGGAAGUUUGAGCACAUGGCCACAGAUUUGUUGUCUCUACUGCUGAGGGAUGAUCACCCGCUGCCGCCGGACGCCGUUCUGUACUUCACACAGGGCCUGGUUCAUGACUCCAUUAGCAUACGCAAGGUUUCAAUAGUUGCAAUGGCUGGGAUCCUAAAACAGCUCAAGAGACCCAGAAAAAAAGUAGCAGUGAAGCCAUCAGAUAUUGGCGGCGUGGCCGAUCCAGAGGGCUGGUGGGCAGGGGACCGCCAGGCCAAUCGCUGGCUGCAGUACAACAGCAACAACCUGCCCCUCAGCGAGGAGCAAUGGGACUCUCAGCUCCACGUGGAGAAAACACACGUGGGCUACUACUCGUGGCCAAGAGAAAUGAUGAUCUAUGCACCUUCGGAAAAGCUUAAAGAUGACCUGCCGUAUGAGGAGAUGAGCGAAGCCGAAAAGAUCAUCUCUGAAUAUUUCUCUGACCCGGAGUUCAUUGAGCAGCUUAUAGAGUUUCUUUCUUUAGAGGACCGCAAAGGAAAAGACAGCUUCAACCCACGACGCUUUUGUCUCUUCAAGGGCCUCUUUCGUAACUAUGGUGACGUCUUCCUGCCGCUCCUGUGGCCUCACUUGGAGCAGCUGGCCGCUGACCCCCACGAGAGCUCGCAGCGCUGUCUCUGCGAAAUCACGGCCGGACUCAUCAGAGGCAGCAAACUGUGGAGUUUCAGCAAGGUGGAUAGAUUAUGGCAUCUUUUGUGCCCGCUGAUCAGCAUGGCCUUGACCAACAUCACCAUGGAAACCUUCACUGAUUGGGGUACCUGCAUCGCCACUGCAUGCGAGGGGCGCGACCCCAGGAAGCUCCACUGGCUCCUUGAGCUCCUGAUGGAAAGCCCGCUCAUCGGCGAGGGAAGCUCCUUCCGAGAUGCCAGUCUGCUGUACGUGCUUCAAGGGGGGCUGGCCCAGCAGCAAUGGCGGGUGUCAGAACUGCUGCACAGGCUGCUAGCUUACCUGGAACCUAAACUCACGCAGGUGUACAAGAAUGUGCGGGAGCGCAUCGGCAGUGUGCUGACCUAUAUCUUCAUGAUGGACGUGGCCCUGCCCCACACGCAGCCCACCACCUCCCCCCACGUGGCAGACUUCGUCACUCGGGUCCUAGAGCGGCUCAAGCCCCUCACGUCAGAGGCGGAGAUCCGCAACCACGUGCACGAGGAGAACACCCCGGAGACGGAGGACGAGCACACCCAGGCUGUCAAGCUGCUCAAAACGGUCUUAAAAUGGUUGAUGGCAAGCGCCGGGCGAACUUUCACCACUCCGGUUCAGCAGCAGCUUCAACUCCUGCCUCUGCUCUUCAAAAUUGCCCCGGUGGAGAUUGAUGAGAGUUAUGAUGAGAUGAAGCAGGACGCUCGCACGUGCCUCUCUCUGAUGUCCCAGGGCCUGCUCUAUCCUCAGCACAUCGCUCUUGUUUUGGCAGCUCUGGAAGAGAUGGCAGGCAGCAGGUCAUGGCAUGCACGCUACUCGGUGCUGACCUACCUGCAGAUUAUGGUCUUCUACAACUUAUUUACGCUGCUCAGUGUGCCUGUGGAGGUGCAGCGCAUACGUAAGCUGGUGAUGCGCCUGCUGCUGGACGAGCAACUCGAGGUGAGGGACAUGGCGGCCACUACCCUGAGUGGUUUGCUGCAGUGCCACUUCUUCCCUCUCGACCGCAUGCUGCAGACACAACUCCAGACGCUGAGUCAGAUGCGCCUCCCCAAGGCCAGAGGAGAGUUGACUUCUACAGAUUUGGUGCGGCGUCACGCCGGAGUGCUGGGACUAAGCGCGUGCAUCCUGUCCAGCCCUUACGACGUCCCCGCCUGGAUGCCCCAGAUCCUCAUGGACUUGAGCGACCACCUCAACGACCCGCAGCCCAUCGAGAUGACGGUGAAGAAGACCUUGUCCGAGUUCAGGCGCACUCACCACGACAACUGGCAGGAGCACCGCCAGCGCUUCACCGACGACCAGCUGCUGGUCCUCACUGACCUGCUGGUGUCGCCGUGCUACUACGCCUAGCGUAGUCGCUUUGUUCGUCCGACACGUCGCACUGAAAUUUUCACGACGUGACAGCAACCGGGAGCGUCCCCGUGAGAAAAUGCUGAGUCGGCGUUGGCCUUCUAAUCACAAGUAAUGCUGGGUAAACUGGUUUCACAGCACGUCUCACGCACUUUUAAAAACAUGUCAAACAUGUCAAAAAGAAGCUUUUGUAAAAAAGACAACUUAACUUUCGUGUUCAAAUGUUUUGUUAAUUAAAACUUAUAAUCGACAUGUAGAUCUGAAGUUGAUCGAGAGAUUUAAGUGUUGAAAUUAUUUUAAAAUAAAGGUGUAUGACUUAUUUUUGACACUUUUAUAAGUGGAGCUCUUUAAUGGGAGUUUUUUUUAAGCUGUCAUUGCUCAAAAAAUAAUAUUGUUAUGAAUUAUUCACGUAUUUAGGUCUACAAUUAUUUCACAUCAAAUAUUCCACUUUGAAAUUUUUUGGGAGACAUGUUGCAUAUUUUUUAGUUAUUGCCACAAAAAUUACAUGGUUUUUUUGUUUUUCUUUUUUACCAAAAAUAGCGUAAAACAUGAAAAAAUAAUAUUGACAGAUAGAUCUGAAUAGAACAUUAUUAUUAAUGUCAUCAAACAUGAUUUUUUAAAAAGAAAAUACUUAUUUUUAAAAUUUUUAUGAAUAAAUGGUAAAAAAUAUAUACAGGUAUACAUUGUAAUGGUUUUAAAAAUGAAGAAUAUCAAAAUGUACCCGCAGGCUUUGACUUUUCAGUGGAAAAAGUUUAGAGUCGGCCGAUUUUGGUUUGUUGAAGCCAUUUUUAAUGGCUUUUACAUUUUGUUUUAAUUAGUGUUCUAAUGCAAGCCAUGUUGAAUUGUAUUGCACUUUGCACACCUGAUUGCAACUGUAUAAAAUAAUAUUAUUGUGUAUUAUUGCAAAGUGUGUGUAUAUAU